CGAAAGAAACGCACGCGUCGAUAUGUCGACAAAAGAACCAAAAAAGUGUCGAAAAAAAAUAGGCUUCGAUGUUACUAAGGAUAAGAAUAGUGAUGUAGUGAAUAUUAAAUCAAAUAGAUUGAUUUAUCAAAGAGAGCAAUCUAAAGGAAAUAAUUACAGUUAUCGGAUUAAAUCAACCACUAAAUGAUAUAAAAUCUACUUUACAAGAUGUAGAAGUGUCUAGUGAUGAAGAAAUAUUUCCAAUAAAACGUAUUAAGAAAGCUGAUGCUAUAAAAAUAUCGACCGUUGAUAGCACUGAAAAUUAUAUCAAUGAUAAUUAUUCAACAAAAAAUCAAACCCCUAUUGAGAAACAAAAACGUAUCAUAAAUAAACAUGCAAACUCUAUAAUCAUUACAAAAAAGAGUACAGGUGUUAUAUCAAAGAAGAUUAAUAAUUUAGUGUCUCCUAGUGAACACAAGCAAUCGAAAGAAAUGAUUUAUGUCAGUCCCAGUACCAGCAAAACACAUCAUAUGUUACAGAAUGUUACAUUUUCCCCUCCUUGUUCAAGUCAACUAUUUAAAAAAAAUAAAAGUUCCUCAAUUCCAUGUUCACCAUCAUUGGACUUUCCACAUUUAGAACAAGAGAGCAGAGCCAGUUCUCUAUCAGAAAUAUCACGUUCUAAUUUACUGGACUGUGACAUAUCGCUUAAUGAAGAUAAAAUAAAUGAACUUCUACGCACACCUCAACAAAAAAGAGAAAAUCAAAAUUACACAUCAGAAUACGCGCAAUCUGAAGAUUCAAAUGCCAAAUCAGAGAGAAAUAAUUCAAAUUUUGAAGUUUCUGUUACUAUUGAAAACAUUCCGGAAAAUAUCGAAACAAAGAAUCAGAUACAAAAUAGAUAUAAUAAACAGCCAGUCAUCUACAAAUCAUGUCAUAUUAUUGACGAAGACAAGAUUGAAAGAAUUUGUUGCGACGAAAACAAAAACAGAACGAGUUCUAAAAAAAUACCGAGUGUAACAUCGUUGGAUUCUAUUGACAAAGAUGGUAUUAAUAGUUAUAAGAAGGUCAUAGAAGAUAAUAGAUCAUUUUCUAAUACAGCGCCAAGUAUUUCUAAUUCAACUGGUUCAACUGAUUUUGAUAGUAUUGAAAGUUUAUAUGAUAGUAAUUCUGAUAAAGAUUACGAUCCUUCUAAUGUUGAAACAACUGAUUCAGAAAGCGAUAUUUCAUUAAAAGAUUAUGCAGGAAUAGAACUAGAAUUAGCUUCUAAAAAUAUGAAUCUGGAUGUAGAAAAUCAAACUUUAGACAUAGGUGAAACACCGAGUGGCUGCCAAACCAAUAAACAGGAUGAAGAUGAGUGGGAGGAUAUUUCUGAAAGUCCCGUGAGUUUUGACGAAUUUGUGGAACAGAAUACCUUGAAUAUACCCCCGUUUGCAAAAUUUCCUGAGGAUAUAUAUAAGUUAUUUGUAACAGACGACAUGAUUUACGAAAUGGUAUCUCAGACAAAUAAUUACGCACGAAAUUACUUACAAACAAAUCAAAGUAAUAUAAAACGUAAAUCACGCAUGAAACAGUGGAGUGAUACUAGUUUUCAGGAAAUGAAAACAUUUAUGGCAGUUUUAAUGGCAAUGGGAUUGAAUAAGGUUCCUCAAAUCAACUUGUAUUGGAGCAAGAACAAAUUCUACAGAAAUGAAUUUAUUAGUUCGGCAAUGACUAGAGACCGAUUUUUAGCACUCCUAAAAUUCUGGCAUGUCAGUGAUAUCUCGAAUGAUGAUAAAACUGACAAACUACAUAAAAUCAGAUAUAUGUUUUCAAAGAUCACUGAAAAUUUUCAGCAAAUAUUAAAACCAGGUAAAAAAGACCAGAAAAAAGAAGUCGAUCACAGUCAAAAUGUAGUGCUGCGUUUGAUGAAAAAUCUAACAGGUGAAGGGAGAAUCGUAAUAGUAGAUAAUUACUAUACUUCGUUGAAUCUAGCAGAAAAACUCUUGGCACAGAAGACUUUCAUAUGUGGAACUUUAAACAUAAGAAGGAAGCAUUUGCCAAAGACAGUUAUUUUAUCAAAGAUAAAGAAGGGCGAGAUAAAAGGAAAAAUGAAUAAAAACGGAGUUAAAGUACUGAAAUGGGUUGAUAAAAGACAAGUGUUAAUGCUAACUACCUGCAAAAAUCAUGAUGAUAAGCUAAUAGAUACAGGAAAAAAGAAACGAGGCUCUAAUGAAACUGUUAAGAAACCAGGAUGUGUGCUCACGUACAAUAAUACUAAAAAAGGAAUAGAUUUCAGCGACCAAAUGUCCUCCUACUACACAACAUUAAAAAAAGGAUUGAAGUGGUGGAGGAAAGUAAUAAUGGAGUUGUUAUUUGGUACAGCUCUUGUUAAUGCCUGGAUUGUCUAUAAUUUAAUUAAUGAUGGGAAUAAAAUGUCAAAGUUACUAUUUGUAGAGGCAAUUAUCAAAGCUCUCACAAAAAAAGACUUAGAUACAG